AUGCCUUCCUCCCUCCCCUUUCGCCGACGAGACCCUGGCAUAACAGCCCAGGCGUCCUCUACCUCUUUCAACGACAUCAUCUUCCCCAAGAUCUACGAAGAAGCCUGGGGCGUUUCCGAUGGCACAACUUCAGAUAAUCGAUCGGAAUUCGAUCGAGCGCGUAUCUUUCUCUUGCGCAUGGCCAACAUGACGCCCGAUCCCAAGAUUAUCGAAGAGCUGCGCACGAUUGUCGCAAACCCGCAAAACAAAACUAUACAAGCCCUAGCAACGGCGAUACAGCAUCGGAUAUUUGGUGACUCGCACGGCUCUUUUGCUACGACACCCCUGAUGCAAUCUGUGCGGUUCAUGCUUCUAAAGGCCCGCGUUCCAGAACUCAUUCUGUCGGACCGAACAAGAUCUGUCGUCGACUUCUUUUUCGAUCCAACACUGGAGAGAAACCUGAACCCGCCGCCCACCGGAGAUGUGUCUGUCUACAAGUACCCAGCGGGAAGACUGAAGGUUGCCAUUGUAGGAGGCGGGCCUACUGCUUUGGCAUCGGCCAUCUCCAUCGCAGAGAAAGGCGCCGGCAGUGUCGAGGUCCACAUGUAUGAAAAGCGCUGGAUACAAAAAGUGCUCCCCAAUGGCACUGUUGUCGUCGACUACCCUCCGUAUGCCAAGCGAAGAGACCAAGUCGUUACGCUUCAGGACUCGGUCACACGACUUCUCAGCAAGCCAUCGUUCCAAGCGCUCUUUGCCGGAAGACCAGAACGAGUGUGGCCCGGCUCAGCCAAUAUUCAGAUCCGAAAAGUAGAGGAUCGAUUCCUCAAGCGAGUGCAGGAUCCAGAGUUCCAGGGACUCAUUUACUUGCACUGCGAGGGAGUUACCAGAGAAGAUCUUGCUAAAGUUGGCGAUUUCCAUGUUCUGCUUGGCGCUGACGGCGCUGCCUCAUGGGUACGGCAGUCAUACUUCCAAGGAUAUGAGAACGAGCGCGGGAGAAGCUAUGCGCUAGGCUUGGCUUUUGACCGACCAGCUGGUUUGCCGUGGUCACAGCCUCUCAACGUCUUCCUCACGCUUGGACAGACGCGCUACCUGCUCAACGCGAGUGAUCACGAUGGCCGAGGCUACCUGAACAUGCAACUCACUGAAGAGGAGUGGCACAAGAUGGUUUCGAUUGACGGCCAGCCCGUUCACUUUGGCAGGCCCGGCUGUUUCAGGAAACUAGACGGAAGUGUCCCUGAAGGUUUCGAGCACAGUCAAAUAUUUGCACCUUCAGAGGAUAGGGGCAGUCCUCUGUGGGUAUCCAUCUCAGAUGGCCUUAAGUUGUUUGGAUUCAAGGAGGAGGAAGUCAUCAACGUUGUGCGAAUCCCCAUUGUUGUCCAAGCUCGCCCCCAUGCCCUUGUUGCGGUGGCAGGUGAUGCAGCAAUGACGGUUCAUUUCUGGCCUGGUCGUGGACUCAACAGCGGAAUCAAAGCUGGCUUGUCCCUGGGAGAUGAGCUUGUACAUGCCUUGAACAACGGCAAAUUUAUCGGCAUGCCCAUCGAUGCCUUGAAAGAGUACAACGAUUUCAUUCUCAAACUGCAAGGACGAGAGCAUGAUAAGCGAAGCAUUCCCAUCCUGAACCAAUCUGGUUCUCCCGAGAUGCUCGGCUGGCUGCUCCAAAAGGCCAACAGCGUUCCCGAUCAGGUAGCCAUCGAGUGGCUGAUUGGCGCCAUGACGCAAAUCGCAGACCGCCUCCAGAGGAGAGACGACUGGGCGUACGAUUAUGUCUACAAUGUCGAGCCUCAGCUGCGCAUUGUGCUGCGGCAACUAGACACCGUCACUCUUAAAGAAAUGGCCGUCAGCUUCCCCUGGCCGACCAGAGAAAUGGCCGGCGCCGAAGUAUUGCCCAUUCGAUCCAUGAAGCCAGAGGAGAAGCAGAAAUGGCUCAACAACCUGUGGGGUGUCUUGCGAGAGGAGAGAAACAAAGAAAGCCGCGGCCCUCCACCUCAGGAACGGGACCGAUCUCCUUCGGCAGCGCGAUUCGAAGCUCCCAAAGGUGGUAAAGCCAGGCCUAUGUCUCUCAUGCCACCAGGUUCGGACAGCCUUGGCAAUGGAAUUUUGAAGAGGAGCAAUGCCACACAAAGCGUGCGACAUAGUAGGGGUCUCUCGGUGCCAGGAGAGGGUGCACCCAGGGCUCGAUCGCCAUCACCAGGCCCAGGCGGCGAAGUCAGUCUAAGCAGAAUGCUGACGGUUCACAAGAAGCCGCCGACGUCGGUUUUGGGCGAUGCGUUGUCUUUGGCUCUGUUCCGUGUGGAGGGAGAGUGA